CGAGCCCCAAUCCCCCCCCUGCCUUGCGUGUCUGUCUGACGGCGAGACGUCGCAUCCUCCAUCCACUCAUCCCUUUCUUCCGUACCCAUCUUCGGCGUCUCGUGACCGUCCGUUUGUCUCUCCGUCCGCCCUCCUUUCGACGACAACAACGUCAACAACAACAGCCGUUCUCGCAUCGAACCACUGGCAUUCCUCCACCGACCCUGCUGCGUCCCGCCCUCCCGGACGCGCGAAACCCAAUUCGGUGCCGCAUCGUGGAGACGCCCUACCGGCCGGCCCGUUGUCGAAUCGAGCCCGCGACGAGUCGAGUCAGUAGUGGCUCGGCAUUUAUUUAUUAUUAUUAUUAUUAAAUUUUCUGUCUCUGAAUUUUUACGCCAUUCUCUACCACCCGAGUUGGAGCCCUCGAAAAUCUACGGCAGGCAGGCAAGACAGGCUCGCCAACGUAAAUAACAGUCUGCCCUCGGACCACGAUGCCAGCUUGAGGUGCGUGCGCACGACAUACCGAGGCCAAGCGAGCUGCCGAGCAGAUACCGACACCGGCUCAUUACACCCGGCAUUUCUACCCCUCGGCCCCAGGCCGCCUUGUUGCCGACCUCGCUGCCGCUUCUAACGAGCCUCACUUUCGCCUGAACCUCCCCUCCCCCGGCAACGAGACGCGCCGACAGCGAGCAGACGGCACGAUAACAUGAAUGGGCGCGAACCUGGGCAUCCACUUCGUCUUGUCGUCCUGAGAGCCCCCAGGCGCAUCGACGAGACCGUAUCCUGACCCAUUUGACCCGCCGCCGCCAUGGCGAGCCCGCCGCACGAGCCCGAGCCGGCCCAACCGUCGCCACAGGCGCAACGACAACAGCAACAGCAGCAACAGCAAUUGCAACCACAACUACAACAAGAGCAGCCGCCGCAAACCCUGUCGGCAUCAUCAUCAGCGCCUCCUUCGGAAGGCCAGCGCGCUCCGCCGCCGCCGCCCGUCCCCUCGUCCGACCCGCGCCUCCUCGACGAUGCCAACCCUUCCACACCUGACGAGCACGACCUCUUCAAGCUGCCCGCCCUCGACGCCCUGAAGCUACUGAGCACCAGCGUCGAGCUGCUUGUCCGCAUGACAGGCGACAUACCCCCGACGCCGCCCCCCAAGACGCCCACCAACCCGCAGAUGAGCGACAUGCAGGCGGAAAAGGACAAGAUUGUGCGCUCCCACUCAGAAAAGAACCUGGCGCGUCUGCGUGAGCAGCAUCAGCAGGUCGCUACCGCCAAAGACGUGGCCUGCGGAGAAGUGCCAGGCAACAACGCCGAGGGCCACGGCCGCGGGCUGAACAAGUUUCAGGCGUACAGCGCCAGCAUGUCUGCCCAGCUGCGCGCCCAGGCGCAGCACCAGGCCGCCCCCGCGACGCCCUCGUCCUCGUCGCAGGAGAUUGAUGGCGUCCACCUCCGCCAGCGCUCCACCUCGCCAUCGCCCUCGUCGCUGUCAUCGCCGCAGCCGUACAUCAUCGUGGGCGCCGACUCGCAGCCUCUCAACCUGCAGCAUGGGGCCAUCACGCGCAAGUUCUACAGCAAGAAGGAGCCUCCCAUCACCAUCAACCAGUACCUGCUGCGGCUGCACCAGUUCUGCCCCAUGAGCACCGCCGUCUACCUCGCCACCUCGCUCUACAUCCAUCGCCUGGCUGUUGAGGAGCGCGCCAUCCCCGUCACCCGCCGCAACGCCCACCGCCUUGUCCUCGCUGGCCUGCGCGUCGCCAUGAAGGCGCUCGAGGACCUGUCGUACCCUCACAACAAGAUGGCCAAGGUCGGCGGCGUCAGCGAGGCCGAGCUGGCCCGCCUCGAGAUUUCCUUUUGCUUCCUCGCCGGGUUCGAGCUCGUCGUCGGCGAGGCACCCCUGCGCCAGCACUGGGAGGCGCUGCGGGACGGCCGCGCGCAGCAGAUGCUCCGCGGGACAGACGUGCCGACGCUGCGACUUGGCCGACAGCCGCGCGAGGUGACGCCCGCCGGGGGCUGACCGGGGUCCGGUGAAGGGGAAUGACACGAGUUAAUGAUGGCCUUUUCUUCGUCUUCUCUUCUUCCUCACCGCGAGGCCGCGUUGGGCUCGCUGGCCAGUUUUUCUUCUUGUAGUAUUCACACGUACAUUCGGGAUAGAGCGCAGGGUGGUACAUUCACAUGGCAUGGGAUGGCAUGGCAUUGCAUGGGAAACAGGCAGUUUGUAUAAUGGACGCCUGGACGGGACGGACAAGGAGACGGGCAGACGGAUUCUUUCGAUACCCCCGGUUGUGGCAGCGUACGUACGGAGUAGCGGCGGUUUGUCAAGACGCAUAAGCGAGUUGUUUUCACUCACCCUGAACCUAGUUUGUGACAUGUGGGCGGCAUGAGGCAGCUUGGCCCGGAGACAGAUGAUGGCUAUGCUGCCGAAGCACAGACGUCGCACCACCAAACUCUUUCACACGGCGGUUUUGUCAUGCAUUGUAUGCCUCGGGCUCCAAGGGGAUGAUGCCCUGGGAGACGGUCACCAGCACGCCCACCACCAAGUACGUGCCCGGGCACGCCGUGUCGUUGCGUGUACCAAGUGCGUACGGACGGACGACCGCGGGGCAGGCAAACGCACGACCCCUCUCUCGUGUGACCCUCCUCUUGCCCUUGCCCUCUCCCUGUCCCCAUCCCUUGUCGACAUCAUCAGCACCAGCACCAGCAUCAG